UUCGACUUACCAGAAAUGACUAUCAAUAAUAAGCCAGAGACAGAAGAAUAUCAACUGGGGGAAGAAACACUAUCAACGUCACACAUACAGGAGGAAAUUACAACCUGCACUGUGCAUGAACAAGGCAGUAAACGAGGGAAACCGUUAUUGGUAUCAAGUGAUGGAUUCAGGUACAACGUCAAGAAAAAACAAAAUAACUCAGUGUUGUGGACAUGCAGUUCCAGAAGUGUUACAGUUCCGUGCUAUGCCACAGUUAUACAGAAAGGAAAUGACUUUGUGAGGGGUGCUAGUGAUCACAAAAAUUACCCUGAGGUCUCAUUGAAUCAAAAGAUUUCCAUCUAUAUGCAGGUUAAAACAAAAGCUAACGAAAAUGUCUACGAAUCAACAACAGCAAUCGCCAAGACUGCUCGUCAAGAUCACAUCCAACUAAAUGAGCCUGGCUUACUAAAAACUGAAACACUCGCCAGAAUUGCCAACAGAAAACGUGCAAAAUUCAGACAAGCAAACCCAAGUGACCUAAACUUUGUACUUGACCAGGACUUCCUCAACUGCCAAGACUUCCUAGUCGCUGACAUCAGCCAGAACAACGCCCGACAUCUUAUCUUCGCUACUGCAGAGCAGCUUCAGCUUCUAGGCAACACCAGAUGAUGGUUCCUAGAUGGCACU